UUUUUUGGUGUUGCUUGUUUUUCACUUUUUCUUUUCUUUUCUCUUCUUCUUCUUCCCUCUUUAUUACUCUUUUCCUUUCCUACUUCGUUCUAGGAAACUAUAGUACAUAGUCAACAUGGAGGCCUUUGUUGCAAAUUUAGAUGAAUUGUUAACCAAGUUGGCAACUGCACAGGACUCUGAUACUAUCCGGAACGCCACUUCGACUUUGAACUCUCAAGUAUACUCGUCCGCUGAUUGUGUUCCUGGUUUAGUUGAAAUUAUUAGUCGUUCACCUCAUUUCCAAGUACGACAAUUAGCUGCGGUCGAACUUCGAAAACGUAUUUCAAAAUGGUGGUUGGAUGUACCCGAAGAAACGAAAGGAUCUAUUCGUAACCAACUCUUACAAAUUGUGCUUAAUGAACAACAAGAAUUGGUGCGUCACUCUGUUGCUCGUGUAAUCUCCUCUAUUGCUCGUGUGGAUAUGCCUGAAAACAAAUGGCCUGAUUUAUUAGCAUUUUUAAAUCAAGCCUGUGCAAGCAACAAUGCAAUUCAUCGUGAAGUUGGAACCUAUUGUUUGUAUACUCUCUUUGAAGUCAUUGCCGAUUUCUUUAUGAAUCAUACUACACCUCUCUUUGAAUUAUUCUCCAAAACAAUUGUCGAUCCUGAAAGUAAGAAUGUUCGUGUCACCACAGUCUUGACUUUAGGCAAACUCGCUGAAUUUAUUGAUGUGGAAGAUAAACAAAAUAUUAAAUUGUUUUGUGAUAUGAUUCCUGCUACUGUCAAUGUAUUGGAACAAUGUCUUAAGGACGGCGAUGAAGAAAAUGCAAGCAAGAUCUUUGAAGUAUUCGAUACUUUGUUAAUGUUGGAUGCUCCUCUUUUAUCAAACCAUUUGGCAGAUUUGAUUCGUUUCUUCUUGACUAUUGGUGGUAAUCGUGAAUUGGAUGAUGCUCUUCGCGUUAUGGCCUUGUCCUUUUUGAUGUGGGCAGCCGUUUACAAACAAAACAAGAUUCGUAGUCUUAAACUUGUUGGUUAUAUGGUUGAACAUUUGAUGCCUAUUGGAACUGAAGCUGAUCCUGAAGAUGUUGAUGAAGAUUCGCCUUCUCGUUUGGCUUACAAAGUUCUCAAUGCUCUUGCUUCCAAUAUGCCUCCACAACAAGUAUUUCCUAUUGUUAUGCCAUUGGUUGUAUCUUAUAUUCAAAAUCCUGAUCCUAAUUACCGAAAAGCUUCCAUGAUGGCCUUUGCUGUUAUUAUUGAAGGUUGUGCGGAAUAUAUGAGUACCAAACUCAAUGAACUCUUGCCUAUGGUAUGCUCUGGACUUCAAGAUCCUGAAAUCAUUGUUCGUCGUGCUGCUUGUAUGGCUUUGGGAUGCUUGGCCGAAGAUCUUGCUUCCGAGAUCUCUGAACACCAUCAAGUCUUGUUACCUCUUGUCUUUAACCUUAUGAGUGAUACUAAUCCUGAAGUGACAAAACAUGCCUGUAAUGCUUUGGAUGCUAUCUUGGAAGGUCUUGGUUCUGAUGUCUUACAAUAUUUACCUCAACUUAUGGAAAAGCUCUUAUUCCUUUUGGAUAAUGCCAGUCAAACUGAAACUAAAGCUACUGUGAUGGCUGCUAUUGGAAGUGCUGCUCAUGCUGCUGGUGAAUCCUUCCAACCCUACUUUGGUGAAGUAUUACCUCGUAUUCGUCAUUUGAUGUCUCUCAAGGAAAACUCGGAUGAAACCUUAUUGCGUGGUGUAGCUACUGAUUCCGCUGGUGCUAUUGCUGAAGCUGUUGGUGCAGACAUGUUCCGUCCAUUCACUCAAGAUCUCAUGACUCUAGCAAUUGAACAACUCCAACUUGAUUCACCUCGUCUUCGAGAAUGCUCUUAUGCUUUCUUCUCUAUCUUGGCUCGUGUGUUUGGUGAAGAAUUUGCUCCUUAUUUGCCCACUGUGAUGCCCCCUAUUCUCGCUUCUUGCAAGGCUGAAGAAAAGAAUGAACCUGGAUUGGAAACUGAAAUUGAUUUGACCUUGGGAGAUGGAGAAGAUGAAGAAGAUGAUUUUAGUGCAUUCAAUUUUAACUCUGCUAUUGCUGAUGAAAAGGAAUUCGCAGCGGAUGCUCUUGGUGAAUUAUUCGAAAACACUGGAUCUCACUUUUUACCCUAUGUGGAAAGUUCUGUACAAGAAUUGACUGAACUUUCUUAUCACUUAUUUGAUGGCGUGCGCAAGGCUGUUACUGGUAGUUUAUUCAGCUUCUUGAAGACUUUUUACAAUCUCUCAGAGCAUGGCGAUUGGGUUGCUGGAUUACCAGUUAAAUAUCCUGUGGAUGAAAAUGUCGCCAACAUGACUUCUUUGGUGAUUCCUACUAUUUUGCUCAUGUGGAAGGAUGAAGAUGAUCGUAUGGUUGUUGUUCAAUAUUGUCAAGAAUUGAUUCAUGCUCUCAAGUUAAUGGGUCCCUCUAUCAUCGCUGAUCACGUUGAAGAAAUCUCUCGUCACGUAUUAGAUAUCUUUGAAAAGAAAUCUGUAUGUCAACAAGCAUUUGAUGAAGAAGACUUUGUUGAUGAAGAUGAAGAAGCUGAAUCUGAAUCAUUAUUGAUUGGUGCUGCUGCUGAUUUGGUUGCUGUUCUUUGUGAAGUGAUUGGUGAAGGAUACUCCUCUUACUUUGAUGUCUUUUUGCCUUUGAUCUCCAAGUACUAUAAAAAGACCAAAUCUUCCUCAGAACGGUCUAUGGCAAUUGGUUGUUUAGGUGAAUGUAUCACUGGUGUUAAGUCUGCUGUUACUCCUCAUGCCGAACGUCUAUUGCAGUUAUUUACAAAGGCUUGUGAUGAUGAAGAUCAAACUGUUAAGAGCAAUGCCGCAUUUGCUUUAGGGGUACUUGUUACCCAUUCCCAAGUCGACCUUAGCUCACAAUACCCUACUAUCUUGUCAGCACUUCAUCCUCUUUUCCAAGGACAAUCUCUUGUUAAUACUACUGAUAAUGCUACUGGUGCUGUUGCAAGACUUAUUUUGGCUCAUCCUGAUGCUAUGCCUUUGGAUCAAGUAUUACCUGUAUUCACAAGCGCUCUUCCUUUGAAAGCUGAUUUCGCUGAAAAUGAACCUGUCUUCAACUGUCUUUUCCAACUUUUCCGAUCCAAUAAUGCCUUUGUAUUUGCUCAUAUUCCUCAAUUCUUACAAGUCUUUACUGUUGUCUUGUCCAAUGAUGAACAAUUGACAGAAGGUACUCGUGGUCAAUUAAUUGAACUCUUGCGUGCUCUCCAUACUCAAUCACCGGAAUUGAAUAUUGCAUCCAGUGAAUUGGGUCGUUUCUUGUAGAACUUUUUUUUUUUUUUAUUCUUCAUCAUAUACAUUAUUUUCCCUUUUUCCCUUCGGUUUUAUAUUAUUAUCCUUCUAGUUAUUAGUUUAGUUAACAUAUAGUAAAGACCUCUUAUUGUAGUCUAUUUUUUUUUUUAUAGUUCAUCCAUUCACCACUUUUUCUUUUUUCCAUUUUCCUGGUCAUAUUAUCAUAUUCUAUUUCUUCUUUUCCCCCCUUGCCUCCCCUUAUUCUUAUAUACAUAUAUAAAAUAAAAUACAAAAAUUAUAUAC